AUGUCCCAACCAACCCUCUACGAAAUCCUCUCCCUCUCACCCACCACCUCCGACCUCACCCCCGCCAUAAUCAAACAAGCCUACCGCCGCGCCCUCCUCACCCACCACCCCGACAAGUCUUCUUCUUCUUCUUCUUCUUCUGCUUUCUCCUCCUCAUCCACCUCCAAUGGUUACUCCAACAGCCACCCCAACAGCCACCCCCCUCCAAAAACCAAAAAACCCAUCUCAUACACAAUCGACCAAAUCUCCCUCGCAUACACCACCCUCUCCUCCCCCACCCUACGGACCCAAUACGACGCCUCCUUACGACGUCUUGCUGCUUCCUCCCGCACCCACCCCACAACAACCCUCGGCAAGGGUAAUGUAGUCGAAGACUUCCAAACAGGCAUCGACACCAUCGACCUAGACGACAUGGUUUUCGUACCUAGUUAUAGUAAUAAUGGCAAAGAAAAAGACACAUGGUACCGCCCCUGCCGAUGCGGCAACGAGCGGGGCUUUGCCCUAACAGAGGAAGAUCUGGAAGAGAAUGCCGACUUGGGGGAGGUAUUGGUCCAGUGCGCGGAUUGUACGAUUUGGUUGCGGGUUUGUUAUGUGGUUGCUGAGAAUGAC